GAUGAGCCGUCAGUGAGAAACGUGGCGUGUGACUUGUGAGUCGUGGCGGCCGUGGCUCGUCGUAGAGAGGAAAGGAAGAGAGGCUCCACAAUAGGGCCUGCCACUGCCAGUGUCGCCAGUGAUCGACCGUCUCCUCGCUUAACAAUAGACCACGAUUGACUACGGUCUGCAUACUACACUUGGACAGCUUGGACUACACCUGUGCUUGAACCAGUCCAAACGAAGCGAACUGCGAAGCGAAGCGAAACGAAACGAAACGAAACGGAACGAGUGAAGAAGAGAGAGUAGUGGGCUGAUCGGGAGGGGAAGGAGAGCACUACCCCCUUCUCUCCUCCUUCCACGAGGAAUUACCAAAAGGCAAAAUGGUGGCGCGGUACAACGCAGACGGGUGAUGUGUAGGCAGAUAUCGGCUCGCAUCGCGUUCGUAUCAGGGAGGUGCGAGAUACGCGAGUGUGACCUGCGUGAGCACGCUAGGUCGACGGCAGCAUGGGCGACCCGAAGAGUCAGCACGGCACGCAAGAGAUGAAAGGCUGGCUUUUCAAAUGGACCAACUACCUGAAAGGUUACCAACGAAGAUGGUUCGUCCUGUCAAACGGCCUCCUGUCGUACUACAGGGCUGAACCAACAGGGGGGCCAAAGAUAUCAUCGCGACGCAAGCGGAGAGCUGGCAGAGCCUCCGAAAAUCCCGCGGAGAUGUCUCACACUUGCCGCGGCACCAUUUCCUUACACGGGGCCUUAAUACACACGGUGGACGCCUGCACCUUCGUCGUGAGCAACGGCGGCACGCAGACCUUCCACAUCAAGGCGUCAACCGAGGUGGAGCGGCAGCAAUGGGUCACGGCUCUCGAGCUGGCAAAAGCCAAGGCUAUCCAAGCGAUGGAAUCUGCUUUAGUACUUCGGCGACGUUAUGCGGCGAAAUCUCUUUUAGAAGAAGAGGAGGAGGAGUAUCAAGAUAACGACAAUCAAAACGUAGAAACUGCGUCUGUGAUUAAGGAUCUAACGCGACGACUGGAUGAUCUACAAGCGUGCAAUGACUUGAUGCUUAAGCAGGGAUCUGGGCUCCAACGAGCUUUAUCCGAUUUGGAAAUGAUAGAGCCUCCGUCCCCCGAAUUAGCAGCGAAAUUCAAGAUCGUCAGCGAACGAGCCACACUUUUCCGGAUUGCGGCGAAUGCUAUGAUUAGUACGAGCAGCGAUUACUUGCAACUAGCCCAACAACAAGAGCCUAAGUGGAAAAAGAUGCUGCAGCACGAGCGUGAUCAGAAAGUACGAAUAGAGAAAAUGGUCGAGCAGUUAGCUAGACAACAUUCCCACCUGGAGGAAGCCGCGCAACAUGCGAUUCCUUCAGCGACGCCUGCGGGAGGACACAGACCUUCACAUCCCGCAAUUACAACGUCACCGUCGGAGGAUGAAGAGGAUAACGCCGAAUUUUACGACGCCCAAGAAUCGGACACUUUCGCACUAACUAUACCCAUUGCCACGAGCAAUUCCAUUUCCCAUGCGAGAGAUCGCACCGAUUCCCAAGGUAGCGACGAUGGCUCCAGUUCAGAGGGAGAUCCAACGCCCUUGCCUGUCUCCGAUUCCACUGGAGCCGAUUCCUUCCUCAUUGUGACCGAUUCCACUGCUGCGCAGACUCUCUCGGCUGUUAGAAUCACCAACGAUCUGGAUAUUACAAGCUGGCGAUCCAAUAAUGACAGCAGCAGCACCGGGAUGACCACCAUUUCAAAACGGAAACGAAGGACCAGGGUACCUGACAAACCAAACUAUCCCUUGAACCUAUGGAGUAUAAUGAAAAACUGCAUUGGCAAAGACUUGUCCAAAAUUCCUAUGCCGGUCAACUUUUCUGAACCGCUCAGUAUGCUUCAACGAUUAACGGAAGACUAUGAAUACGCGGAUAUUCUUGACAGGGCUGCGGAAUGUACGGAUAGUUACGAACAGAUGGCUUUUGUAGCCGCGUUCACUGUGUCUAGUUACGCUACAACCGCCGCUAGAACGGGGAAGCCUUUCAAUCCCCUUUUGGGUGAAACUUACGAAUGCGAUCGUACGGAUGAUCUUGGAUGGCGCGCGAUUUCAGAGCAAGUGUCUCAUCACCCGCCUAUGCUAGCUCAACAUUGCGAAGGAAAGAAAUGGCGAUGUUGGCAAGAGUUUACAAUGGCUUCUAAAUUUCGUGGAAAAUAUCUGCAGGUGAUUCCUUUGGGUACUGCUCAUUUAGAAUUUAAUAGUGGCCAGCAUCAUUACACAUGGCGAAAAGUCACUACUACAGUACAUAAUAUUAUAGUCGGGAGAUUGUGGGUCGAUCAGAGUGGCGAUAUGGAUAUUGUAAAUCAUAAGGAAGGUAUCAAGUGCCAUUUGAAGUACAUACCGUACUCGUACUUCUCGCGAGAUAGUCAGCGCAAGGUAAAGGGCGUAGUCAUGAAUUCCAACAAAGAAGUCAAGUGGGUAGUGCAGGGUACGUGGGAUUCAAAGAUCGAAAUAGCGCCGGUAAUCAGCACGUCUGGCACACCCGAUAAUCCAGUUUAUAAAACAGGUCCUUAUAUAUUAGCUUGGAAACGACGUAUGCCUACCGAAGACUCUGAGAAAUAUUAUACAUUCACGGAACUAGCGUGUCAAUUGAACGAACCAGAAGAAGGUAUAGCUCCAACGGAUUCUCGAUUGAGGCCUGAUCAGCGAUUAAUGGAGGAUGGACGGUGGGACGAAGCCAAUGCAGAAAAAUUGCGUUUAGAGGAAAAACAAAGAGCUACUAGACGAGCUCGCGAGCACGACUCCGAAAAGGCUACUGCACAAGGAUUAUCUUAUGAGACGUACGAUCCUCUAUGGUUUAGAAAGAAGCAGGAUCCGUACACGGACAGCCGUUGUUUUGUUUAUAAUGGCGAAUAUUGGGAUCAUAAAAGCAGAGGUGACUGGUCACGAUGUCCAAACAUAUUUUAGUUCGUUAUGUAGAUAGAUUCGAUUGCAAUGACUCUGUCACAUACAUGCAGUGCGUGAAGAAGUUUUGGAUCGUUUAAAAGUGACGAUAGCCGAAAUUAAAAGUCGCGACCGCUCGUGGUCGAGAUUUAAAUGCUUAUGAAAUAUAACGUUGACGUGAUAAUGGGGUUGUUACGGGAUGUGAUUUAGCAAUUAAUUCUUCCAAUGAAGUGGACGAAACUUGUUGGCAACUCUGACAUGUACAAUAUGCAAUUUGUACUUGCAUGUCAUCGCAUUCGCUAUUCUUUUCUACCUCUCUCCCUUUCUUUCGUUUCCCUUUUUCCUCCCUGUCUUUCUUUUUGUCUCUAUUUUCGAAGCUAAUAUCUAAUACCCUCAACACGCAUGAUAUUUUGUUAAUAUGCACUUGCGUGCUAUU